GAGAGCCGUAUCGGCUUUUAAGUGACACGGAAUAUGUUGUUGGACGCAAAAACUGUGCAAUUCUGAUUCAGGAUGAUCAGUCCAUCAGUCGAAGUCAUGCGGUUCUGACAGUAAAUCAUCCUGGAACAACCCCUAGCCAUUCUCUCUCAGUCCCUGUGCUAACAGUAAAAGAUACAUCAAAGUAUGGUACCUUUGUUAAUGGGUCAAAACUCAACGGUACUUCAGUGUCUUUGCAGUCUGGUGACAGAAUCAACUUUGGAGUCUUUGAGAGCAAGUUUAGAGUAGAAUACGAACCUUUGGUUGUCUGCUCCUCAUGUUUGGAUGUUUCUCAGAAAACUGCGUUACAUCAAGCCAUCCAGCAGCUUGGAGGUCUUGUAGUAAAUGAAUGGACGGGAGAGUGCACUCAUCUUGUAAUGGUAUCAGUAAAAGUUACUGUUAAGACCAUAUGUGCUUUGAUUUGUGGUAGACCAAUUAUAAAGCCAGAAUUUUUUGCUGAAUUAAUCAAAGCUAUCCAGUCCAGGCAGCGGUUGCCAGCUCAUGAAAGCUUUUAUCCUCCAGUUGAUGAGCCUUCCAUUGGCACUGAAAACCUGGAUCUAUCUGAGCAUCAUGAAAGGAAAAAAAUAUUCAGUGGAAAAACUUUUGUAUUUCUAACUGCCAAGCAGCACAAGAAACUGGGUCCAGCAGUUAUGCUUGGAGGAGGGGAAGCAAAGCUGGUGACGGAAGGAAGAAAAGAAACAUCUCUACUAGUUUCUCCUCAAGUUUGUGUUGUUGAUGUGGGCUUGACAAACUCUCAGAUUUCAGGGUCUGACUCCAUGAUGAACUGGACUGAUUCCAUUCUGACUGUCUUGCAAAGCAAGCAUCUCAGGGCUAUUCCUGAGGCAGAAAUUGGAUUGGCAGUUAUCUUCAUGUCUACGGAAAAGUACUGCAAUCCUCAAAAGCAGCCUAGUAACAAAGCUGGGACUGUGAGUACUCCUGCAUCAGCUGCUGUGGGGAGAGCCAUUUCUCAGAGUUUGGCUGUGGAUGAAACCAUAAUGCCAACUGCUGCUCAUAACACCACAGCAUAUGUUCCUGAUACAGAAAUAGAAGAGCAGACAUGUAUGGAAAUAGAGAAUACUCCCCAGAUGGAUGGACAAGGGAAAAUGGCUCUCCAGGAGACAACUGCUGUAAAGAAAAACCUUAGCACAAGUGGCAGCAUAAACGCAGGAGCAUCAAUAUCUAGACUGAACAGAACUUCUGGGUUUAGUCAAAAAGCUCAUCCUGUCUCCCCAUCGAAAAUUUCAGAGGCUGGUAAACCUAGUGAGUGUGCUUCACGUCACCAGUCUAACUCAAUCACAAACUACUUCCAGGUAGCUAGAAAAAGGUAUGGAAAAGAAAUGUCUGUACCCAAACUAGCAAAACUGGAGGAACGAUUGUCACCUGCUUCCAAGAGGAUUGAACCCAGAGCUUCAUCAGUGUGUAACAGUGAACCAGAACAGCAUCAAAAGGAAAAUGACGUCCUGAACCCAAACCUGAAUUUUGCAUUAGAAGACAGAGGUAGAAGGCUUAUGGGCGAAAGUGGCAAACUAGCAAGUGAUAGAACAAGCACUAAAACUACUUCUAGUGAAAACCAUGCACCAGGGAAGAGGAAGGAGUUAGAUGAUUUGUCUGAAGAUAGGGAAACACUAGAGAUUGUGUUUGGAAGAGGAGACUUAGACUGGGAUGAUCAAAUGGCAGAUGAUGGCCAACAGGCUCAAGGAAAUACGCACAAAAAAAGACGUUUGGAAGCCAAAGGAAGCAGGACUCAGGAAGUAAAUGUAAAGCAGAGAGAGGAGAAUAAACUAUCGAAAGAAGAGGAACUUGGAUCAGUUCUAACUUCAGAAAUGAAAAGUGAGAUCAAGCAAGAGUCACCAGUCUUGGUAAGAAAACAUUUAAAAAUCCUUAAUCACACUGAACUGCAAGAUGACUCCAGGAACCUUCCUAGCAGACUUCUGCUGACUGAGUUUAGAUCGUUGGUUGUCAGCCAUUCCAGGCAGAACACUCAGCUUGUUGGAAGUACCAGCUAUGGGGGAAAGAAAAAUUUCAAAACGUUCAAAAAGGUGGCUUAUCCAGGGGCAGGACAGCUUCCAUACGUUAUUGGAGGAUCAGACUUGAUUGCUCACCGUGCUAAAAAGAAUUCAGAGCUAGAAGACUGGCUAAGGCAAGAAAUAGAGGAACAGAACCGACAUGCAAGAGAAGAAUCACUUGCUGAUGAUCUCUUUAGAUAUGAUCCUAACGUGAAAAGGAGAAGAUAA